AUGAACACUGAACAGACGAAGAAACAAGGGAAGUUAAAGUCUACAGAGGACAAUAUUUUCUUCCUAUCCUUGCUCACACACUUGGAUCUCAUCGGCCCUUGCCUCGACCUCUCGACCUUGUCGACAACGGCGACGUCUCUGACCUCGCUCCGGCUAGCCGGCCUCCUUCGAGAUUUGGACCGAGGAUUCGUUCUCCAGGUGCCGAAGUCUGAAGGAAAUGCAUAUCACAGACUGUGUAUUGGUCUGGGGCGUGAACCAUUUGGGAGUGUGCUACGGCAUGGAGCUCCGAGGUCUAGACAUUCGUUUCCCUCCUGGGAAUUGGGAAAGAGAGAAGUUCCGCUUAUUUGA